UCCCCCCUCUCGCUUUUUGACGCUUGGGUCUCCUCCCUUUCUACCACUAGGGUUUCAAACUCUCUCUCUCUCUCUCUCUCUCUCUAGAAUGGCGAUCAACUUGACGGAAGGGGUGAUAGCGAUGCUGUCGAGCGGGGACGCGGCGGCGGCGGACGUGAAGCCGGUGCUCCAGGUGGCGGACCUGAGGCUGGUCAACACCCAGAGCCAGAACAGCGAGAGGUACCGCGUCUUGCUCUCCGACGGGGUCCAUCUACAGCAGGGGAUGCUCGCCACUCAGAAGAACGAUCUCAUCCGUACUCACAGCCUCCAGAAAGGCUCUAUCGUUCAGUUGUCUCAGUUCAUCUGUAACGACAUCCAAGGCCGCACGAUUAUUAUCAUCAUUGACCUAAAUGUGAUAGUUGACAAGUGUGAUCCAAUCGGCGAACCAAGACAGUUUGUGCGACCUGGCACCAAUACUAGUUCUGCUCAGGUGGCAAGAUCCUCUGCACAGGUGCACUCUACUGGGGAUCAACCUGGGACAAUUACCAGUAAUGCACCAUCUUAUGUUGGUAGUUCAUUGGGUGUGGGUGGCUUAGAUUGUAAACCAAAUGUAAUUGGGGGAACUUUUCCAAACCAACCUAAUGUAGAGCGUGGCCCAGAUUCACAGUCCUAUGGUGGUUCCAUUGCCAGCAAUCCUGAGACGGGCCGAUACAAUGCAAAUGCGACAAGUGCCCAUCUUGUUGGUGGUGGGAUUUCCCGGUCCCCAUUGAGUAGUUAUGGACGCACUCCCCAGGCAGCAUAUCAACAGCCCCCUCCAAUGUACUCAAACAGAGGGCCUGUCGUUAAGAAUGAAGCUGCCCCCAGGAUUAUUCCAAUUGCAGCUCUGAAUCCAUAUCAGGGAAGGUGGACAAUUAAGGCCAGAGUGACUGCGAAAGGGGAACUUAGACACUAUAAUAAUGCUAGAGGAGAUGGUAAAGUAUUCUCUUUCGAUCUUCUGGAUUCUGAUGGAGGAGAAAUUCGAGUGACCUGCUUUAAUGCUGUCGCUGAUCAAUUCUACAACCAAAUUGAGGUUGGGAAGGUUUAUUUGGUUUCCAAAGGAAGCCUGAGACCGGCUCAGAAGGCUUACAAUCAUCUUCGUAAUGAUCAUGAGAUAAUGCUGGAAAGUACGUCAAUAGUCCAGCCUUGCCACGAGGACGAUACCUCAAUUCCGCAGCAGCAGUUUCAUUUCCGUCCUAUUAUGGAAAUUGAAAGCAUGGAGAACAACAGUAUUGUGGAUUUGAUUGGCAUGGUAGCUUAUAUCAGUCCGUCUAGUUCAAUAAUGAGAAAAAAUGGUACCGAAACUCAAAAGAGAACCCUCCAUUUGAAGGACAUGUCUGGACGAAGCGUUGAAUUAACUUUAUGGGGGAAUUUCUGCAAUGCAGAAGGAUUUGAGGUGCAAAAGAUGUGUGAUUCUGGUGCAUUUCCUAUUCUGGCGGUGAAAGCGGGUAGAGUAAGUGAAUUCAAUGGAAAGGCAGUGGGGACCAUAUCUACAAGCCAGUUGAUCAUAGAGCCAGAUUUUCCAGAGGCUCGCAGGCUAAGGGAAUGGUUUGAGAAGGAGGGAAGAAACACUCCAUCCAUCUCUAUAUCAAGGGAGACAUCUUUAGGAAGAACAGAUGUUCGAAAAACCAUAUCCCAGAUUAAAGAUGAGAGACUAGGGACUUCUGAGAAGCCGGAUUGGAUUACAGUUAACGCAACUAUCUCGUUCAUAAAAGUUGACAAUUUUUGCUAUACGGCGUGUCCCAUCAUGAUUGGAGAUAGACAAUGCAACAAAAAGGUUACGAACAAUGGGGAUGGGAAAUGGCGGUGCGAUAGGUGUGAUCAGUCUGUUGACGAGUGUGAUUACCGGUAUAUUCUCCAGUUUCAGAUACAGGACCACACUGGUUUAACCUGGGUAACUGCGUUUCAGGAAUCUGGCCUGGAGAUCUUGGGUUUAUCAGCGAAAGAAUUGUAUUUUAUGAAAUAUGAAGAGCAGGAAGAUGAGAGAUUCGGAGAAAUAUUGCGAAAAGUGCUGUUUAAUAAGUUUGUGUUCAAGUUGAAAAUUAAGGAGGAGAUGUUCAGCGAUGAGCAGCGAGUGAAGACUACUGUCGUCAAAGCAGAGAGAGUUAAUUUCUCCUCAGAAUCAAGAUUUCUACUGGAUUUGGUGAAUAAGCUUAGUAAAGGGGAGAUUGGAAGUUCCCUAGGACCAAAACUGGAAACCACCUAUCCAAACAGUGGAUUAAUUGGUACAAUAUCUGGAAGCUUUGAAGCAAGGAAACCUUUACCACCUGUGGUUAAUUAUGCCGGAAGUACUAUCAAUUCCGGAAAUGUUGCGCCAUCAGCAAAUCAAGCUAGUCAGCUUGGUAACCAACACAGUAAUUCUAGUGCACCGCCAGCAAAUCAAGCGAGUCAGUUUGGUAACCAAUACAGUAAUUCCAGGGUUACCACAAGUGAAUCUACUGGUUUGUACAUGAGCUGCAACAGCUGCGGUGGUACUGGGCAUAGCUCUGCAAACUGCCCAAGCGUCAUGACCGGUCAAUCAUAUGGAGGUGGCUAUGGUGCUAAUAGGGCGGCAGAUGGUGGUGGUGGAGGUGGUGCCUCCGAUAAGUGCUAUAACUGCCAACAAUUUGGGCACCGGGCCAGAGAUUGUCCUGGUUUGAGCAAUGUUCCUCCGGCCUAUGGAAGUGGCAAUGUUACGCCUGGACAAUAUGGGGGUGGGUCGAAGCAAAGGGUUGGCGGCUUUUGAGUUCAGUUUGAAUUAAUUUUGUAGAUCAGAAAUACGUACAAAUGUGUGUAUCUUUUGUGGAGGAGGUUUACGUGGUUUGGUUGUGCUGAGGGGAAACAUCUGUUUGGCAAUGUGUUUAGAUUUUUCCUCUUUCAGCAGCGAAUGUCGUGACUGUGUUUUGCUGUGUGGCUCGGUUUUAUGGACUUGCAUUUUCUGAGAGGGUUUUGGCCUUCCUCCUUGGUUACUGCUGUAAAUUAUCGUCAUGGUUUUUAUUGUAAGGUUUUGAGCAAAGUUCUGAGUGGUGAAUUUUGCUUCCAUUUUGUCGCA